UAGUAGUAUACACUUACUGCAACAAAGGUAAUUUUCCUUUUUUGUUGUUGUUGGUUAGGUCAGAUCCUGAAAAGAUAAGAGACCUUGAAGAUGAACAAGAGGAGUUAAAUGGUUCUCUACUUGCUCUCACCAGCCAUUUUGCUCAGGUCCAGUUUCGAUUGAAACAGGUUGUUGCUGCUCCUACAGAGACUAGAGAGCGUUUGUUAAUGGAACUAGAAGAGUUUGCAUUCCAAGGAUGCCCUGAUGUACGUGGUCCAAAAGCGAAGGAAAGUCCAACAAAGGCAGUGGAUGAUAGUGGUGAAGGAAAAAAU